AUGACUAUAACAUCAUCUACCACCACUAACCGGACGAAAAAUAAUUCAGAUACUAAUAAUGAAAAGCAAGUAACAUGUAAUCGAAAACCACGGACGUAUUCUCGUACACAACGAAUAAAGGUUACUACAGUAGGAAAAGCUAUUAAUUCAUCAACGAAAAAAAGUUCUCAAGAGAAACAACGAUAUGGAAACUGUUCAAAAUGUAAAGAAAGUGAGAUUAGUAUGCAAACGUUAGGAGAACAUGUUGGAAGACUUGAACAAUUAGUCAGUGACCUCGCCAAGACUGCUAAGAGUGAUGAUAGAUCAUCCACAUACAGUAAACAAAAGUUAGGGAGUCUUUUUGACGCAUCGAAUUGUAACCUUGAAGACUUACAAAAACUUAUGAUAGCUACUACAAAUAUUAUGUACCCUCAAAAAUCUUCAAAGAUUGUUGAUAAAUCUAAUAAUGAACAAGUUUGUAACACUGUACCAGUUCCAGUUCUUAAAACAGAAACACCAACUUUUCAUGAUGAACCUAUGGAAGAUGUUUUUUCGACUAGCAAAUCAGCGAUUUCCAAAUUUGCGAGUGCAUAUCGUCAAGAUUCAGGAUUUUCAGAAUCUAAAGCUGGUAUUGAUUCUACAAUUUGA